ACAUGGUACAGCAUUCCGCGCGAAAACUUCAGCAAGGACUCGCGGAGCUUUGUCUGUCACACGGAACACCGUUGUUAUAACUUUGUAAUAGCAAUUGAUUCGAAAAAUGGAUCUUACGGAAUCAGGAGUGGAUCAGCCUGCGGGUCAGACCAUUAAAGACGACCUGGCGGAGAAAUGUCAAAAGUUAUUCCAGGCUUUUUUGGAGGAGUUUCAGAACAGCGAUGGGGAAGUGAAGUACCUCCGCGAUGCAGAAGAGCUGAUCCGGCCUGAGAGGAACACACUCCUCGUUAGUUACACAGAUCUGGAGGGAUUUAAUCAAGAACUGGCCACCGCAAUCCAGGAGGAGUUUUACAGACUUUACCCCUACCUGUGUCGAGCUGUGCGUAACUUUGCUCGCGAUCACGGAAAGGUCCCUGUCGCCAAGGAAUUUUAUGUUGCCUUCCAGGAUCUACCAACAAGACACAAGAUCCGCGAGUUGACCGCGCUGAAGGUGGGCUCGUUGGUACGGAUCAGCGGUCAGGUUGUCCGUACUCACCCUGUUCACCCCGAGCUGGUGAGCGGGACAUUCCUGUGUCUGGACUGUCAGGGAGUGAUAAAGGACGUUGAGCAACAGUUUAAAUACACGCAGCCGAGCAUCUGCCGCAACCCCGUGUGCAACAACCGCAGGCGCUUUCUCCUUGACACAAACAAGUCUAAGUUUGUUGACUUUCAAAAGGUGCGUAUCCAGGAGACGCAGGCAGAACUUCCCCGCGGCUCCAUUCCACGUAGUAUGGAGGUGAUUCUGCGGGCGGAGGCUGUGGAGUCGGCACAGGCUGGUGAUAAAUGCGACUUCAUCGGCUCGCUCAUCGUUGUGCCCGAUGUAUCCCAGCUAGCUACACCAGGUGUGCGUGCUGAGACCAGCUCCAGGACAGCUGGAAAACAGGGUUACGAGAACGAAGGUGUGCGUGGACUGAAAGCACUGGGCGUCCGGGAACUCAGCUACAGACUGGCCUUCUUGGCGUGCCACGUAGCCCCAACCAAUCCCAGAUUUGGCGGUAAGGAGAUCCGAGAUGAGGAGCAGACCGCUGAGAGCAUUAAGAACCAGAUGUCGGUACAGGAAUGGGAGAAGGUGUUCGAGAUGAGCCAAGACAAGAACCUCUACCACAACCUCUGCACCAGCCUCUUCCCUACCAUUCAUGGCAAUGAUGAAGUAAAGCGAGGAAUUCUGCUCAUGCUGUUCGGAGGUGUCCCUAAAACCACCAUGGAGGGCACAUCCCUGAGAGGUGACAUCAAUGUCUGUAUCGUUGGAGACCCCAGCACAGCCAAGAGCCAGUUCCUCAAGCACGUAGAGGAGUUCAGUCCACGGGCGGUGUACACCAGCGGUAAAGCCUCCAGCGCUGCCGGUCUCACUGCUGCAGUAGUGAGAGAUGAGGAAUCGCACGAGUUUGUCAUCGAGGCCGGAGCGCUAAUGUUGGCUGAUAAUGGUGUUUGCUGCAUUGAUGAGUUUGAUAAGAUGGAAACGAGAGACCAAGUAGCCAUCCACGAGGCCAUGGAGCAGCAGACCAUCUCUAUCACCAAAGCUGGCGUCAAGGCCACCUUGAACGCUCGCACAUCCAUCUUGGCUGCAGCGAAUCCGGUCAGCGGACGCUACGAUCGCUCCAAAUCUCUCAAACAGAACAUUAACCUGUCAGCGCCCAUCAUGUCCCGCUUCGAUCUCUUCUUCAUCCUCGUGGAUGAUUGUAAUGAGGUCACCGAUUAUGCCAUAGCCAGACGUAUCGUUGACCUCCACUCCAGGAUCGAGAAUUGUGUGGUGCGCGUCUACACUCUGGAUGAGAUUCGCAGAUAUCUGCUCUUUGCCCGGCAGUUCAAACCGAAGAUCUCAAAGGAAUCUGAGGAAUUUAUCGUGGAGCAGUAUAAGCGUCUGAGACAGAGAGAUGGUUCUGGAGUUGCGAAAUCAUCCUGGAGGAUCACCGUCCGCCAGCUGGAGAGUUUGAUCCGUCUGUCAGAGAGCAUGGCCAGGAUGCACUGCUGCGAUGAGGUUCAGCCAAAGCAUGUAAAGGAGGCGUUCAGGCUGCUGAAUAAGUCGAUUAUUCGAGUCGAGACCCCCGACAUUAACCUGGAUCAGGAGGAAGAGGAAGCAAUGGAGGAAGAAGAUGAGCAGAUAAAUGGACAUGAUGUUCCUAAUGGCGUUAACGGAGAAGUGAACGGUCACGAGCACACAAAUGGUAUUAACGGUCACGGGGUCAAUGGAGAUAACAGUAAACCUUCACUGCGUGUGUCAUUUGCCGAGUACAAGCGGAUUUCCAACCUGCUGGUGCUACACCUGCGCCGUUCAGAGGAAGCUGAAGAUGAGGAGGCUCUUAGGAAGAGUGCAGUGGUGAAUUGGUACCUGAAGGAAAUUGAAUCGGAGAUCGAUUCGGAAGUCGAACUCAUGAAUAAGAAGGCAGUGAUAGAGAAAGUCAUCCACAGACUGGUUCAUUAUGAUUACAUUCUCAUUGAGCUCACACAGUCUGGGCUGAAAGGAUCUGUGGAGACCAGUGGAUCAGAAUCCCAGGAAGAAGACGUUACUCUUGUUGUUAACCCCAAUUACACGUUUGAUGACUAGAUCUUUUGAUGCCAUGUUCUCUGCUGUACAAAAAGUUCACAUCGGUUUAUCCAUGUUUAUAUUGUUCCAGUUCUUCAUUUUAAACUCAAAAUCUGACUGUUUAUCUGUUUUAAAUAGACUCUGUGAGGAUGGGUAUAUCCAUCUUUGUUUUAAAACGAAGCUGUGCGCUUGUCAAAAAAUAUUCAUUUUGUAAAUAUGUUUUUAGUGUUGUAGUUUAUUUUAAAAAGCUGUGUUUUCAACACCAGUUUAUCAUGUUUCGUUUUUUAAAAAGCUAUGAAAGGAUGCCAAAAAAAGAUGCAAUAAAGUUCAUUUGUUUAA